AUGGGGAGGGACCAGUCCUCACGGUCAUACGACUUCAGGAGCUCCUUCCGGCUGACUACCGUGCCCCCUCUGUUUUCUGGAUGCAUCCGUACCUUCUGUCCCCACAGGAGGUUCCGGCCUCGUGCCCAGGCAGCCCCAUGGGAACCUCUGGCCCAGCAGGAGGAUGAGCUCAGCCUGCGCGUCUGUGCUCCAGAUGCCCCGUCCCAGGCCUCUCUGAUCCCUGCCCGGAGCACACAUUCCACGACGCCAAGGAAACUCAGAAACGUGCUGGCCCAGAAUGACUGCCCGGCUCUCGCGAGGUCCCGGCAGAGACGGAGAAGCAAGACAGCCUCGGUGGCCAAGUGCCAGCUGGGUACCGCACUGCUGGCCUCCACGUAG